AUGCCCUCCUUCAACUUCCUCGCGCUCGGUGUGCUUGCCGGUCUCGCCGCCGCACAGGUUGUCCCGACUGCUCCUGGUCCUGGAGAGGUCUUCAAGGUUGGCAGCAAGUGCAACAUCGAAUGGAACCUGGACACGACGGGCAAGUGGACCAGCUUCGAGAUCCAGCUCAUGACCGGCUCGAACCUGGCGAUGGUCCCCGUGCAGACGGUCGCAACAGGACUGGACGGGACGAGCGGUAGCGGCACGGUCGACUUCACCUGCCCCGACGUUACGCCCAACAGCGCCAUCUACUUCUACCAGUUCAGCCAAGCCGGACAGCCGACGUCCUGGACUACCCGCUUCACCAUCGCCGGCGCAGACGGUUCGACCACUCCUCCUACGCAAUCCACGAACGGCAUCGCAUGGGGCACCGGCUCGCUCGUCGGCGAAUCGGGAUCGGCAGGCUCGUCGGCGGCCGCGGGCGGCGCUGCGGAUGCGAGCACCUCCCGCGCGACCGGCCGCUCGCGCAGUGUCGCCGCGACUGGCGCAUCGGGCCUCGCAUCGCUCGCCGCGUCUUCGUCGGCUCCCUCGGCCGUCACCGUGACGAGCGUGAUCUCGCAGUCGUCCGCGAUGUCCUCCAGCAGCGACGCACCCGUCUCGACCGUCACGAUGACUUCCUCGCCCUCUUCGUCCGCCUCGUCCUCUUCGUCAGCAUCGGCUGCGGGUCAGUCCGCCUCCUCCUCGACGAGCAACAACAACAGUGCCGGCUCGACCCUCGGCUCGUCCGUCGCGCUCGUCCUCGGCGCUGCCGCUCUCGCCCUGGCCGUCUAA